AUGGUGCAAUUUACCGAUGCGUGGAUCACGGACGAUCCACUGCUGCGGCAGAUCCAGAUUGUAGAGGUGGUCCUCACUCACUGCGCCUCGGUGCUAUGGAAGCACAACAAGGAGAAGCUGAAGAGUGCACCGGAGUGGGCGGUAAAACUUCGUGCUUCGCUCAAGACCAAGGCGAAGGAGCUCGACGGCGACAGCAGCUACCGGUCACCGGCGUCGUGCGCAAGCCAACCGCCGAUGACGCCGCAGAAGAAGCACAAUGAACUCGUCACUGCCUCGGCGGAUUCGAUUGUAGACACAAAGAACUCAGAGGAAGACCAGCCGCCACCGAGCACGCCCACUCCGCAGCUACCGUCGUCGCAGCAGAGCUUUCAAGUCCCCCUUUCGCACAAGCACGCCACUACCGGUGCGACCCUCCCCGACGCGAUCCCGACAAGACAGGGCGGCAGCGCCAUCAUUGACGUGGCGCAUACAAAUGUAAAAACAUUUAGCGAGAGCUGCACAUGCAGCAGCGCGAACCGACCGCACUAUCCCGAGGUCGGUGCAGGCAACAACCGAGUGCGCGAGUCCCGCACCGGGCCUUCGCCGCCCGUCACGCCUAGCGUAUUGUUCUCGUCUUGUCGCAACACGGACGAACACGUAGAGGAGCUCGGCGUGCCACCGACAGCCGAGACGACGCGGCGCAGUGAGGUGGCUGCCGUAAGGGAGAGCAGCCCAUUGCCGAUUGAGCGCAGCAACACGCCAGAGCUCCCUUCCGUGCCCCUGCAAAUGAAGCGCUUGUCGGGCGGCAUCACUAAUGAGCUCUUCCAUGUCUACGACGAAGACGACCCAUCGGCGUCGGUGGUGGUGCGCGUCUUUGGCAAGGAGACGGACCGCGUCAUCUCGCGAGAAAGCGAGCUCUUCUACCAGUCUCUCUUCAUCCCCACCUACGUCCAUGGAAGCAACUUCCUUGUGUACGAUUACUUGGACGGCUACUACACGCUUCUGUACCAGGACAUGGCGGCGGAGGCGAUGCCGAUCGCGCGCGCCAUCGCAGCAUUCCAGGUUCGGGCCACGCGCGCUGCCCUGUGCGAUCACGGCCAUCCGCUGCUGCGCGACUCGCAAAACAGGGAAUACUGGAAGAUUGUAGACGACCAAAUGCUCGCAGCAGAGGGGAGCACGACGAGUAGCUACGACACCUACAAGGACGAGUCCCGAUUUGACCGCGAGUCGAACUACUUGAUCGACUCACUGACGAAGUGGGUGGACCUCGUGUUGUCGCAAGAGAUCGCCGACAGGGUGCACGAGGACAAGCGCGAGAGCUUUCUCAUGACGGGGCGCAGCCUGCAGUCGGCCUGUGCGUGGAUGCUGUCGAUGCUGGAGCGCCAGAAGGCUUACUUGCCGGAGGGUGUCUGCCACAACGAUCUGCUGAGCGCCAAUGUGAUGAUCCACAAGGUGCGAAAGGAUGUGCGGGUGAUUGACUUUGACUACACAAAGCGCAGCUUCCUGCUCUACGACGUUGCCAACCACUUUAACGAGUACCCUGGGCUCGACUGCGACUACGACACGUACUUUCCGUCGGAUGCGCAUAUGUCCGCCUUCAUUGCCGAGUACCGCCGCGGUAUGCGGGAUGCACUCGAGGCGGCUUGGGCAGAGAACCUCAGCCCCACCACCUCCAACGAUGGUGCUUCGCGUGAGCACGAGAUCUUCUCCAAUGCGCGGGAGCUGUUCUGGAGCGACAACGAGGAAGCCGAGGCGCAGGUCGUGGCGCACUGGACUCGACUUGCGAAGCUGCUCACCUUGGCUUCGCACGUGUCGUGGAGUGUGUGGUCACUUCUGCAGGAGGCUCUGUCUGCCCUGGAUGUCGACUUUCUGAACUACGCCCAAGCUCGCUACAACCGCUACCUUGCCGUGCGGGCCGAGUGCUCGGAGAACCUGUGA